AUGGAGACUUUAAGGAGUGCUAUAAAUAGCAGUAUGUCUGAGAAGACUGUUUCUCAAACGAUUUAUAAGAUGACGUCAUUAAAGCCAACGCGAAUUGAAAAGAAAAUGUCAUCCGAAUGGUCCGAAACGAGCAUGUGCAGUUGCGAAGAGCGUCAUGUCACUUUAUAUUGCCGGGGAGACGACAUUUUACUAUGCAAACAAUGCAAGCACAAAAAUCACGUGAAAUGUCACGUGGAAAGAAUUGAACACGUGGCUAAAGGCAUUCUUGAGUCCAAGGAGUUAGAAACAACAUUAAAGGAACUGAAUACGCUUAAAUCUGUGUUUGAGAGAUUGAAGGAAAACAGACGAUUAAAGAAGCUGCAGCAUCGACAAGAGAAGAGAAGUGUAUUACAGUUAUCUAAAAGGUGGACAAUGUUACAGUCUACAAGACUUGCGCUUAGUACUGAGGUUGGCAAAGGCAUGGAUAGAUAUAAGAAUAAUCUAGAUCAAAUCGAAAAAAUUAUGACUGAUCAAUCUUCUUGGGUAGCAGAGGAAAUUGACCAUUACUUGAAAGAUUUUAGUUAUCACAUUACUAAUAGGAAUGAAUUAGGGACGUUCGAGGUUCUUCACCAAGUAAAAAAGGAUCUUAAAUCGUUUUAUAACGUUCUUAGUGAAAUAUCAGAGGAUGAGAGAUCGGAGGAUAUAUAUGGUGAGUUAAAAACUGUGAUAUCAGGAAUUUAUUUCUGUGAAAAUCAGGGAAGUGUAUCACUAUCUCGAAAUUUAAAACAUAACAGAGUUUCAUUGCCGAUUUUGACAGAAAAGACACAAAAUAUAAAAACACCUGAAGAAUCGCAUUCACCAGCAACGCAGACACCUUGCAGACGUUCAAAAUUAUCGUCUGCAAGUCGACGAUUCAGACCUGCGUUCCGCCCUCAGGCGAUUCGUAUGGCUACAUUUGUUUCAUCUUUACAGAGUGGCCGUUCUAGUCGAGCUCUUACCAGAACGUCAACUCACUUUAAAAAGAGAUUAAUAACUGACGAACGACCAAAACGGUUUGAUAUAAGCAUGUCUGAAAACGUCAAUAAUAAAGUUGAAGUGUCAGCGAUGUGCCCUUUACCUGGUGGCAAACUUGCAGUCAUCGAUUCUGAAAGUAAUAAAAUAAAACUGUUUUCAAAAGCCGACGUUGCAAUAACAGAGGUUGAUGCAGGAUGCUCAAUCUGGGACCUGACGACAAUUUCAAAAAGUCAGAUUCUAGUGACAUGCCCAAGCAAAGGGAAACUGCAACAUGUAGAUAUAGUCGACAAAACAUUAGGGCCAGAACUUGUAAAAACUGGUUACAUAUUGACACAAAAAGACUGCCGGGCGAUAUGUUACGUAAGUAGUAAGAUUUACGUGUCUUACAGUGGAAUAAGACCCUGCAUCAAAGUGAUGACUAAAGAUGGAAUAAUGUGCAGAUCUAUAGAGUCAUUCAAAGGUCAAAUUACUUUGUUCAAGAAUCCAUUAUACAUGGUUGUGACAAAGCUCGGAAAAUUGAUUUAUGUAUCUGAUUUUUCAUUGCAGAGAAUAGUUAAAAUUGAUCAAAAAGGAAAGUUACACGGAACGGUUGAUAUGAGUCCUGGGUGGCCCCUUGGUUUGGUGAUGACUAGGGAUGACAAGUUAAUUAUAGCUUCGUCCGGCUCGAAUGACGUUAAGAUCAUACAUCGGGGUAGCCGUAAAUGGGACACUUUAGUAAUCUCUGAUUGGCUAAAAGGAGCUCCUUGUUCUGUAACUGUGAGAGAAACAAAAAGGAAGAAACACCUUUAUGUCGCAUGUGCAGGAAGUAGCGUAAUGAAUGUUUUUUCAAUGGCUUGA